GGUGAGCCAGGGCUGCUGGUGGCCCCUGUGAGCCAGCAGUACCCGUUCCUGGGCUACGCGGGGGGGCCGGAGCUGGCCCGCGGAAAGCUGCUCACCGAUGUCUUCCGGCCCGGGGACGUCUUCUUCAACACUGGCGACCUGCUGGUGUGCGACGCCCAGGACUUCCUUCACUUCUAUGACCGCACUGGGGACACGUUCCGGUGGAAGGGGGAGAACGUGGCCACAACCGAGGUGGCAAAGGCCUUGGAGGCCCUGCAUUUCCUCCAGGAGGUGAACGUCUACGGAGUGACCGUGCCAGGGCAGGAAGGCCGGGCCGGGAUGGCAGCCCUGGUUCUGCGUCCCCCCUACACCUUGGACCUUGAGCAGCUCUACAGCCAUGUUGCUGAGAACCUGCCGCCUUACGCCUGGCCUCGGUUCCUGAGGCUGCAGGAGUCCCUGGCCACCACAGAGACCUUCAAGCAGCGCAAGGUUCAGAUGGCGAAGGAGGGCUUUGACCCGCAGGUGCUGCCCGACCCCCUGUACAUCCUGGACCGGGCUGGGGGCACCUACCUGCCCCUCACUCCCGCCCGCUACAGAGACCUCCUGGCCGGGGACCUGCGCAUCUGAGGCCGCUUCAUGCCGAGGUUUGAAGGACAGGCUGUCAGGGGUCUUUUCUAUACCAGAUUUGUAAUCCUUAUUCUGUAAUAAAUGCGGCCGGAGCCAGUCUGGUCUGUCUUUCUGACCGCAGCGUCCGUCUUCCCUGUCCAUCGGUGUGAUCGCUUGUCCCUUGGGCAUCUGUGUCAGUCACCGCACCCCGGCCUCCCAUCCCGCCUUCGUGGGGGCCUGAGCUCAGUGCCUGGACCUUGCAGGUGUUUCUCUCAGGGUUCCCCGGCUGAUCCUCGUCCUUGGAGAACCCCGGUGACUGACGUCU